AUGUGUGACCUAUGCGCAUACCAACAGCAGACUACUGAGGCCGGGUAUCUCGGGGCAGUGUGACAGAACAGUCAUUAUGGAGGACUAUCUGACCGUGUCUGUACUGGUGGCAGUGUCUGUUGUGGCUUUUACCCUAUUAUACCUCAUGUCAAGUGGUGGAGGGAAAUCCUCACCCCGAACUCUCCUGGAUGCAACGAUCAAAUACCCCCUGCCCCUCACGGAGAAGGAGGACAUCAGCCAUGACACCAAGCGGCUCCGCUUCGGCCUUCCAUCUCCCUCCCACGUCCUCGGCCUUCCAGUGGGUCAGCAUGUUUAUCUUUCUGCAAAAGUCAAUGGCAGCCUUGUGAUCCGUGCUUAUACCCCGGUUUCAAGUGACGAGGACCAGGGCUUUGUUGACCUGGUUGUGAAGGUAUAUCACAAAAAUACCCAUCCAAACUACCCUGACGGGGGUAAGAUGUCUCAGUACCUCAAUGACAUGGGCAUUGGAGACACUAUGGAUUUCAGAGGGCCUAAUGGACUGCUCGUCUACAAGGGACAUGGAACUUUUUCAAUCCGUCCAGAUAAAAAAUCUGAGGCCAAGAUCAGGAAGUUUAAGCACGUGGGAAUGAUUGCUGGUGGAACAGGUAUUACCCCAAUGCUCCAGCUGAUCAGAUGCAUCACAUCCAAUCCUACCGACAAUACCAAGUGCUCUCUUUUAUUUGCCAACCAGACUGAGAAAGACAUCUUGUUGAGAGAAGAGUUGGAUAAGAUUCAAACUGAAGCACUGUACCCUGAACAGUUCAAACUAUGGUACACCCUGGAUAAGCCACCACAGGGAUGGGCGUACAGCUCAGGAUUUGUGAGUGCUGAGAUGAUUAAAGACCACCUCCCGGCACCAGCGGAUGACGUUCUCAUUGUGAUGUGCGGCCCACCACCGAUGAUCCAGUACGCCUGCCUGCCAAAUCUCGCCAAACUGGGCCACAAGACAGAUAACACCUUUGCCUACUAACAUCAUGUGAUGAACACAAUGACAUUGGUGUAGACAGCAAGGAUUCUGAGAUUUGAUACUAUUUCACUGAAUAAAGUUUUGUUAUAUUUA